AGUAGUCGCACCAACAACUAGAUUGCACCGAAGGCGAGAUUCCUUGCCAACAAACCGAUAAUCAAGGUGAGGAAGUUUCCCUUAAAGGAAAGAAUCUCGCUGCGAGUGCAAUCUCGUUGCGGGUGCAAUCACUUUAGUUCCCUUCCUGCAAACCUCCGUCCAGGAUUUCUUCCGCACCCUCCCAUACUCGAGUAAUGGCAGCAGAGAUGUUUCCUUCUUACCCGCCGGAAUUGUCCCAAACCCAGUUAUCCUAUCUCCUUCAGGCCCUUACGGACUACUCGCUCUCUCACGGUCUGAAUGUUAGACCUGCGGAAUCGUUUAUUUCGGAGAAGUUGAGCCCGAACGGAGCACUCGCUACCCAUGCCCCGGUUACUUUGUUUCCGAGCCCGUUUCCAAGAAGCUGCUGGGAGGAAGGGAGGGCGGUACAGAAGGAUUAUAAUGAGCUGUAUGCUAGGGUUGCCGGGAACGAAGAGUGGCUAGAGAAGAUAAUGGUUGAACUUUCAGAGGUCGAUGACUUCACGGCGAGACUUUACAAAGUCCACUUGGACGUCAAGACUGAAGGUUUUGUACAACCGCUUUCACUAGGCCUUUUCCGCUCAGACUACAUGAUUCAUAUUGCUCCGGAGCACCCCAACGCUCUUCCUGUAAUUCACCAAGUUGAAUUUAAUACUAUUGCUUCGUCGUUCGGGUCAUUGUCUACUAAAGUCUCCGAGCUACACAAACAUCUUGCAGAAACGGGAGCUUAUCCUUCCGAUAGCAUCAUCAAACCCGAAAACAUUCCUGUGAGCCCUGCUCUACAAGAGUUAGCAAAGGGACUGGUAAUCGCCCACAGAGCUUACGGGAGCGGUGGGGAUGGAAGGUCUACAGCUGUCUUUAUGAUCAUCCAGCCGGGAGAGAAGAACGUUUUCGAUCAGAGGUGGCUGGAAUACGAGCUUUUCGAGAAACAUGGUGUCCAGACAUACCGCAUUUCGCUUCCGGAUGUCCCCAAGCUCACAGAGUUGGUUUCCGGUACUCGGGCCCUGAUUUAUUCCCCGCCGCACGCUCCCAACACGCAGGUUGAGAUCUCUACGGUGUACUUCCGCGCAGGAUAUGGACCAGGAGAUUAUGCUGGGGAGGGCGACUGGGCUGCAAGGACUACCCUUGAGCGUUCGAAGGCCAUAAAAUGCCCAUCCGUGAUCACCCAACUUGCCGGCGCUAAGAAGAUCCAACAAGUCCUGGCCACAGGCGGAGCUGUUGAGGGAUUUCUCCCUGAUCAAAGUGUUUCUUCUCGGGUCCGAGGCACGUUUGCCGCUAUUCAUCCUCUGGAUCAAUCGCCUGCCGGUAUGGCGGCUCGUAAAAUUGCGCUUGAGAAACCGGAUACAUAUGUUCUCAAGCCGCAACGGGAAGGAGGUGGGAAUAAUAUAUACAGAGGAGAUAUUCCUAGCUUUCUCAAGUCUAUUCCGGAGUCCCAUUGGAGUGGGUAUAUCCUCAUGGAACUGAUUGAGCCGCCACCGCUCGAGAAUACUAUCAUAAGGAAUGGUGAGCUGAUGAGUGGGGGUGUGAUUGGAGAAUUGGGUGUCUACGGCGCUAUCUUGUGGAGAGACGGAGAAGGGGAAGAGAGAGGGAAGGGUCUCAAAGAAAUCGUGAUGAACGAGGAGGCAGGCUGGCUGUUGAGAACUAAGGGAAGGCAGAGCGACGAGGGAGGUGUUGCAGCGGGUUUUGGUAGUGUAGAUGCGGUUCUCAUGGUUGAUUGACGCUUUCUUCAAUAUUUUGAUAUCAUACCUAUUUCCUUCUUUCGAUUGGGCACUUUCAGGGUUUAGAAUGGGGUAUCAUACUUGCAGAGGAUAGAACUAUGGCUACGUUCAAUAUACCCAUAUUUUUUUCCACUUAA